UUGGCUUCCUCUGAGUCUACGAGCUUUUCCUGGGCUUUUUGAUAAAAUCUAUUAUCCAGAAACACACAACCUUUCCCUAAGAGGAGCAGUUGGAAUGAUACGGAUUGCUUUAAGAGAGGGAAAUAUGAUGCUGGAUGACUUGUGGAAUGAGCCAACAAUUAGCAUUGUGGAGGAUGCCCUCAACAACAGCAAUCCUACCAUCCGCUCAGACGCCAUCUCGGCAGUGUGCUAUGUGGGCCGGCCUCGCAAGAAUCCCGUAUCUUCGGCGCACCUCUUGCUCGAAUUGGAGCGGAAGGAGGCAGCUGUAAUGUCGUUCCUCAUCUCAAACUCCUGUUGUGACUGCGGGCCUCUCAGGGAAGCAAUCCUGGCUGGUGUGGGGACACUGUUGGAAGGCUUGCAAUUAGCUUGUGUUGACAGUGUUAGGAAGAAGAGAGGUGAUGCUCUCAUUUGGAAGUAUACCGGAAAGUUUCUGAGUGACUUGCACUCUUUCAUUAUAUUGGGCCUAGCACCAGGUGAAGGGAACUAUCAACGAAGGAUACUAUGCAUAAGACUCCUGUCUGCCAUUUUCAAUGUGUUUGCAUCAGCUUUUGAUGAAAAAUCAAGUGAGGUCUUGUCAAGGCUAAAAGUGGAAGGAAACUGGAAAUUUAGUUCGCUGGAUGUCUGCAAUCUUUUAGCUUAUAUUCUGUGUGAAGAUGUCUCUAGUGAUAUUACUGAAGCAUCUGCUGAGAUUUUGAAAUCCCAGUUUCGCCCUGGUACAGUGAACUCACAACACCGCCCCUGCCACCUGACCUGUGCCGCCCUGAGCUGUACGAGGAGUGUACUUUUCCACCGCACACAGAAUGCACCUGUGGCCUUCUCUGUGGUUGCUUCCUGGCUUGGAGUAACUGGUACAAUCUGCAAGAAUUGCCUUUGUUCAGAAUAUGGCAACAAACAUCUAACAGGAGAGGACACCUGGCAGUUGAUAUCACUGCUGAAACAAGAAGCAAUUUUCCAGUGGAAAAAUUUACUUACAGAUUUGAUUACAGGAGCAAAGAGUGGACACCUUGUACACAGUGUGCUUACUUCAGUGGCGACAGUUUCACACCUCCUCGGUCCUGAAGAUGCACUAGAAAUGCUCUUAUUCAUAGAAAUGGCAAAAGACCACAUGCUCCACGUUCUGGAAUCAGAAUCUCUAGGCAAAAUAUCAUCCUCUCCCAACACUGUGGAUGCUGUAUUGUGCACAUCUCCUGAUGAACUGUAUGUAGAGAGCCAGCAUCUAGCAGAGGACGUGCAAUAUGCAAUACACUGUGUGUGGCUGAAUCUCAAGGCUUUCUGUGAUCUCGCACUCAAACUCAGUGAAACUGAGGCAGUAUCAUCGAGCAGUGACGCAUCAGAUCGCUGUGUGUCUGUAGUCGUGGAUAUCCUGUUGAGGUGCAGCAAUGCCGGAGUCGAAGAGACUGCAGCGGCAGCCCUCGGUCAGAUGGUGCGAGUUUCCACACAGCUCCAAAGAAAUGGGAAUUGUCGAAGGCCAAAUGUGGAACAGGCAAUUAGGAAACAGUUACUGCAAUGUCUGGAUUUACUUCAAAACUCCAAAAUAACAGCAACACGUCGCUCACCUGGGCUGCCCCUCGUGAUCAAUAAAGUUGCUGUUGCAGAUUGCCGUCCAGAUAAGCCGCUCCUGCAGUUGGCAGCUUCCAGGCUUACUGAGAUAGCAUCCCAGGAGCUGCCAAAUUAUUCAUUAUCUGGAGAGAAGCAACUGGCGGUUCCUGAUGCAUUUGACCUGCCACAGAUGAGAGCUAUUUUGUGCUUGGCCGCUCUGAUAAGAGAUGCUGGACUGUGGAUUGGCAUGACCCCUUACAUAGAGCCCAUCACUUUCCUUUGCAUUACCAGAAUUACUGAUUGCUCUGCAUGGCCUAUCAGGAAUGCGUGCCAGCAGCUGCUGACUGCCAUCAGCUCCAAGAUCGCUCCAGCCAGUGGCAGUAGCCUCGAGUCCCUGGUUCGGCAGUACCCCAGCCUGGGGCUCCGUAUCCUGGACACCCUCAGGGGAGACUGGCAGAGCCUCCCACAGCAAGCAGCCCUCCUACCUGCCCUCAUGCUCCUCCUGCAGGUCUCUGCUCAUGGCACCUGUCCCUACAGCCUCGGAAAAAUGCAGGUAGCAGAGGAGUUUUGCCACGCUCUAUUCAGAGUGGUGACCAGUAGUCGAGUGCACGCAGUGCGCCGUGUGGCAGCCAAGGGUUACACAAAUCUUACACCAGUAGAGGAUGUUGUGUGUCAUGUGGGCCAAAUAGUGAAGCAGCUGGAGAUACAGCAUAAAGACCGGCAAACUGGUGGCGCGUAUGACACAAAUAACCAGUUGCACGGCCUGUUACUGGUCCUGCAAGGCCUACUGAGAACACCAAAAUGGGCAGAGAAUGAUUGCACAGGUAGAAUAAAAACUGAAUUAGUGCACAUUGUGGGGAAGCUGUCUGAAGAUAAGACUGUACCGUGGCCUUGCCGUCAGAUUUGUGAAGAAAUAUGGCAGCAAGUGUCUCUGCCUGAAAUUUGCAAACAAGCUACCUGCAUAACAGAGGAGACACUAAGCAUGCUGAAAACAGAAGUACAACACAGACCACAGAUUGGUCUGCAUGCGUGGGCAAAGUCUAGACUUACACAAUCCUUCAGUUGUACCAACCUCUCGGAAAUGAGGAAGUCAGUAUAUUUAAUGUGGAAAGAGCAAAAAGAUGGUACAUUGGGUUUGAAUGAAAUAUUUGGAGAUGCUAUUUGUAGCAUGGGAUGUAGACUGGUUGAAUUUGAGCACGAAAGUGUAAUGAAUGAGCUAGUUACGCAAGUCGCUUCUCUCCUGGAUGCAGCUGAAGAAGAAAUGAGAUAUGCAUUGUACAAGCUGAUUGUCUUGGGAUUAUCGGCUGGUAGUCUUCCCCCCUACAGGGAACACAUCAUCAAGCAUGACUAUUUUAAUCAGUACGUCUCAACAGGAAUUCUAAGAGAUUUGCAGUGUACAAGCAGAGGAAUGCAGGCAGCAGCAAUACACCUCCUGAGUUGUGUGCUGGCUGCUUCUGCAAAACACAGUGGACCAGGGAGUCAAAGACUUCAGGAGCUACUCGUGGUAGCAAAUGUCGUGUCACAAAUUGUCACCAAUCCUACCAGCAAUGAAGAAUUGCGGAAAGGAGUCGCUGAUGGACUUUGUUUGCUCGUGCCAGUGUUACCAUUAUUCAGCAUAUCCUGUGCAGAUGCAAAAUGCAUGCUUCUACAUUCACAAGUGAAACUUCUCCAGGAUGAAGAUCCAGAUGUUCGUUUGGCUGCAGCUAAUAUUUUUCCUAAUGCAACUGCUUACACUGCACUCCAGAAUAUACUCUCAUCAAGCUUUCUGACAAAUACAUUUGGCUCAGCCCUAGUAGCAUACACAAAGGUGUUGGAUUGGUUAUGCUGCUUUGAUGACAAUUAUUUCAUUCCUCCAUCGACAACAGUAAGAAACCCUUUUCUUGAGGCAGCAGCAGAUAUGUUUGAAGAGCCUUCAGUUGUCAUCAGACAACUGGAACAAGCUAGUAAUGACUUCAUAAUAUGCUGUGAACAAAGUGAUCUGGAAGCUAUUAGACACAAAAUUAACAUACAGGAGAUAUCUGAAAAUUCUCUGUCCAAACUGAAAGAAAAUUCAGUCCCUGAGGUACAGUCAAUCGCAUUGGCAGCUAUAGCAAAUAAACUGGAAACCCUGGCCAGUGCACUGUGGCAGAUGGGAUGUGACAGUGUGGAACUGGAACCGUUACUGGAACUGAGUCAGAGUGCCAGGCAGCUGCUUCUGCCAACAAAUGUAUAGCAGCAUCAGUUAGUUCCUGGUGUUCUCGCCUAUUGUAAACAUUAAUCUCCACAAACAGUUCUCUUAGGUGAUAAGAAAUACUGUUCAUCUUGCUGGUGAAUAUUUUUCUUUGAGAGCACAUUCGAUUUUGUACCAAUGUCUUACUGAGAUUAAUCUUUGUGGUUGUGCAAUGUACAAACUUGUAUACGUAUGCUCGUGAACUGUGUACAUUUUAACGUAAUCAAACAAUGGAAAGUCCAGGAUGGAAUAAACAACAAUAUCAAAAGGGUAGGUUGCUUCUCACAACAUAGAGUAGGUGCUGAGUCACAGACAGACACAAUGAAAAAUAAUGCUGGAAAUAUUUUAGCUUUCAGACAAAGCCCAUCUUCAGAAGCUGAAAACUCACAGACAUUCACACAACCACAGCUCACAUAUACACAGCCAUUGUAUCUGGGUGCUAAGGCCCAAAACAGACUGCAGACAGUGGCUGUGUGUGUGUUGGGUUUUUUUCUACUUCCGAAGAAGGAAUUUGUCCAAAAUCUGAAAUAUUUCUAGCAUUCUUUCUCAUUGUGAACACCAGUGACUCAAUGCCUCCUUUAUGUGGCGAAUGGUAAUAUUUAUUUUUCAUGCUGUUAUUAUGUUUCAACAUAAUGGGAGACAAGGAACAUGAAAUGUUAACAUUUCUUAAAUAUGAUCAGAAUUUGCAUUAGACUCACAUUUAAAAGAAUGUACUUGUGGACAAAACAUUGAAAAAACAGUGUUGAGUCAUUAAAGGCAUGUUAUAUUCAGAUUAUGAAUAAAAUCCAAACAAGGAAUGUAAUCUCAUGUAAUUUUAUUAUGGAAUAAUUGAUCUUUUGUGAAAAUGUAUACACAGCUUAAAACUUUAAAUAACUGGAUAAUAACAGUAUAAAUAUGCAUAUGAGAAAAGGCCAUUACUCAUCAGACAGCUGGGAAAACUGGAAUACACACACACACACACACACACACACACACACACACACACACACACACACACACAAAAAAAAAUCACACGCGCACGUGCACGCCAAAAAAGAGAUACAACUUGAAAGUUAGUGAACACUGUUUUCUUUUAUGUGUGUCUGUGCAUCACACAUCAAUCGACCGUAGGGGACUGGUUGCCUUUCCCUUAUUUUACGUAUUGUUUAUUGAUGUUAAAUUUGUUUGCUUUAGUAUUAACAUACAGACCAACUGACUCAACAGUCUUUCUUUGAUGCUACCGUUGCUUAUUGUCAACACUGCAGUAGAAUUUUAGUAACUUCUUAGAACAUAUUACCUAUACACUCUGUAUUUUCAAUCUUUUUAUUAUUUCUCCUCUCCCAAGCAUUUAAAGCAGCUCCUUUAAUGUAAAUGUAUGCUUGUUAUGUUUUUCACAGUUUUGUGUUCAACUUUACAAUGUUACACCAUUUAAAAAUUACUUUUUCAUUAAUUUUACAACAUUCCAUAAGCUGUCAGAAUGGUAAUCACCAAAUGUUUUUGUAUCUGCAAGAAAAGAAUUUUAUUAAAAGAGCAAUGCUAGAGCUUUUCGUGAGUGGCUUCUAGUUUAUUAUUUAGUAAACUGACACUGCAUUAUGGAGCCAAGUUUCUACGAAAGACACUCAUAUUUUCUCAAAACACAGGACCGUUGAUGGUACUUUUAUAAAUUAAGGUGCUUUGAAUUUCAUGAGCAAGUAAGAUGAAGCUUCUCUAAAUAUCACCCUCAAGAAGAGGGCCCAAUUGAGGUGUCACACUAUGUCAACAUUUUUAACUUGCACAUUCUGUUCCUAUAUAUCGAUGAGCAGUUGUAAUGAUGUGUACUCAUCAGUCAGUUUUGUUUUGAUUUGUUUUUGAAAAACAGAAGUGCUAUAUACCUCAAAAGCACAUCUACAUAAAAAGGAAAUGUACAUUUGUUUUUGUGUUCUAGCAAUUUGAAGCAUAUUUUCCUCAAUUUGAUUAAAUUCUUUUAUAAGAAAGUAAAAUGAAAGUACUGUAACUGACCAGAACAUGUUUUCAACUAAUUUGUAUCUCUAGUAGUAAAUU